AUGUUAUAUUUUCUAAGAAGAUCAAUUUUCUUGUAUUAUUUAUGGUGCAUAAGUUUUAAUUUUACUCAAACUAACUCGUUACACAUCUGUGACGACAACACCACUAAAACAAAUGAAGGAUUGGCAAAUUGGAAAUAUAAGGGGUUGCGUUACACAACGUCUGAGGGCGUUCUUUGCUGGGAAAAAGAUGGUCAACUGUUAAUACGCGAGUGCGAUACCAACUCUGGUCAUUGGCUUCCAAAAGCAGUAGAGUGCAUCGAGAAAACAAAUAAAAAUGUGUUUUGUCCGGAUGACCUCUUUGAAAUUCAACAAAAUGAUGAUGACCCGAUUUGUUUAAAAAUUUCAACUUUGCCGGAAGCGUAUAAUGAAACCUUCUGCUACGGUUCAAAUAUAAUAAUACCGCUGGAUCUAUCAUCAUCUGAAAUGACUACAAUUAUGAUGUUUUUAAAAGAAAAGAGGAUUAAUGAAUAUUGGUUGCCAAUAAAGCGAAACAGUUCGUUUAUGCCAUUCAUGAUCAAUUUGCCAGGAGAACGGUGGCGGAGAGUCAUUGACGAAGACAUACCAGUAGCUGAUUUCAAAUCUGAUCUUCACUGCUUAAGGCACAGUACCGAUAGAUUAACAAUUGAAUUGAGUGAUUGCAACAUACAUUUGCACUCGGUCUGUGUUUUUAAACGUAGUCUUUCAUCUAAUUCAGGAUGCCCAGAAGGUUUUGGUGCUUUAAGCUAUCAGCCAAAUGAAUGCUACGGUAUCAAUUGGAAGGAAAAAGACCAAAAUCAAGUGCACAUCAGUGAAUACUUUGAAAAACGGAACUUGAUUAGAAUGGUACUACAAGAAAUGAUUCCUCAAGAAAAAGAUAACUUUUUUUUUAAAGUUGAUAGCUUUGUUGAUAGUUUUUCUGAUAAAUAUAUGGUAAUAAUGAAUAAACAUGAAGACACAAAAGUUGCUUAUGAAAACUCACACUGGUUUCCAGUAUUGAGUAAGCAGGUUAUAGAACCAUCAUCGCCAUUCCUAAUGAAAUUGAAGUUCGAUGAAAGCUUAAGAGAGUUAAUACUAGUGAUUUACCACCGCAAUUACCUAUGGACUAAUGGAUACAACGACAUUGGUGUUCAAUGUUUUACUAAUGCAGGCUAUGAACUUAUAAAAAAAACUUCCAUAGUUCUUAUAUGGGAAAAUGAAUUAAAAACUCGUUCAAUUUUUAAACUAAUAUUAGUUGAAGAUGGUCCUGGAGAGUAUUGGUGUGAAGGUCAUACAAUUUUUAAUUUUCAGUGGGUAUCCACUAAACGGUUGAUAGCGUUUAAGAAGAUGCGCGGGCAUGCCUUUGCCACGCGGUUAGAUAUCUCAUGUAUUUAUCAGAAUAAUGAAAUUGUUGUUAAUAUAUGUACCAGCAUCAACAAAAGCCCAGAACAAAUUGGUAAGAUAGUACAAAAUCUGUUACUCAAAAGCGCGAUAGAUAGUCUUAAUGAUCUUGUUAUGCACAAUCUUCGUAUUAUGAAUAUUGAGAGAGUGUCAGAGCUCUCAAUGGUUUGUUGGGCUCAUGUAAUGGUCUCUAUUAAGAGUGGAAAGGAGUUAAAUGCCGAAGACACCCUUAAAAAUGGUUUAAAAGUUAAUCACGAAACGUUUUCCAGUUUUCUUGUGUACAAAAAACUGGUAAAUAUCAAUACUAACUUCAUCAAUGUAAUACGUAGCACAGAAUACUGUUUCCCCGAAGUUUUUUCGUCACAAAACUUAAUGGAAAGUCAAUGGAUGCAGGUUCGUAGGGGAGAAAAAGGAACGGCACAGACUUUAUGCCUUCAAAGUAAUGGUAUUCCAUAUACGAGACUAUGCUCAGGAGACUUUGUACACGGGGCACAUUGGGAACCAUUAACACAAUCCAUCAGUUGUCAAAAUGCUCAAGAAAUUACUCAAAUUUUAUAUGAGCUGGAGAAAAUGCUCAUGGGAGAAAUAACACCAGAAAGAGUUUUAAAAGAAAUGAAAAGCCUAAUUAAAGACAACGAAAAGAAAAUUGGGCCGGGCGAUGUAUACUUAAUAUCUAACAUUGUUCAAGUCUCUCUCCAGAAUCUUACCAUUCCAAAUAUAUUCUCUUCUAAUGGGUUAGUUUUAGAUGUCGCUCAAAACUCAACAAAAUGGAAAAAUUUAUUUGAUGAAAUUAUAGAAAUCUACAAUUUCUUUACAGAUUUAGAUAAAGACAUACUUAGUUUGUCCGCAGAACUAAAUUCAACCAGCAAAUUCUUAGAAACGUUUGAAAAUUCCAUUGAUGCUUGUUCAGUCUUAAAAUAUUUCGACCAAAACAGCUUCGUUGAAGAAGAUAUUGAAUCUAAGUUUGAUUUUGAAGUUUUCGACUACGUUGACAUUGGUGUAUACGUACAAGCCUCCCGUAGUUUCUUAUACUUUUAUAUUAAUCCCAUAGUUUCAAAUGUAUCUGGGAUAGCAUUUUUUAAUAAUGAUAGAAAUGCUGAAGCUCCACAAAUGUUAAAGGGUGAGUUUUGCAAUGAGCAUUUCCGAUUUUUGCAAUCCAAUCAUGAUAUUCAGGACUUUAUCAAUGACUCAAAUUUACUACUUGCCACGUAUGUACCAGACACUCUCUUAAAUCGUCUCAACACUUUUUCAACCAUUUUUAAUCAAAUAAAUAAAACCCCUCCAAUAGUUGUCAUCAAAAUACACUCAAACGACAAUCUUUUUCAGCAGAAUAAUGUUGAAAAAGCUGUAACGAGUCGUGUCGUGUCAAUAUCCAUACCUGGUUACAAUACCAUUCUGCCUGAGGCACUGCCGCUUAUCCUACGAAGGCCACACACUGAUCAAAAAAGUGAUUCAGAGCAGUAUUGUCACUACUGGAACUAUGGUGAUUGGGCUACCGAUGGUAUAACAAUGUCCAACAAUUCGGAAAUAAGCGAAGAUAUAGUGAUUUGUCUUUUAACACACUUAACACCAUUUGCCUAUGUUGUAGGCUCAAAAGGCUCACAAGUCUCAAGGAAAAUACAGGAUGGUUCUUUGGAUAUCAUAACAGUGUUAGCCUCACUAUCUUUGGUGGGCGUAUGUUGUAUUAUUAUCACAGCUAUAACAUUGUAUUUUUUGCGGCAAAAAUAAAUGAAAAUGCUUGAAAACAGAAAAUUGAAUAAUAACAAGAGAACCAUUUAAAGGAUUUAAAGAGAAAGAGACUCAGGGUAGUGCCAUAAGUUUCGCUCCAAUAUUAUUCCGUCAAGUUAUGCAUGUAUAAAUAUAAUAACAACUAUAAAUCAUUUUAAACAACAUAUUUUAUAUUACAUAAGAUUUAAAAGCCACAAUUUAAAAUAACUAUGAAAUAAUGGCGGAUUAAAUUUAUGAAAUUAAAGAACGUGACCCACAACGUU